AUGGGGAAAGCUUUCGACAAGGUACCCCAUGGUGUCAUGGUGGGCACUGCGAAAGCACAUGAAAACAGAAAGAUAAUCCAAUGGAUAGAGAUGAUCUAUCACGGAGCCACGACUAUGUGCGAUUUGCGGCAGGACAGUCAACACCAUUCCAAAGACCGGGUACAUCAAGGAUCUGUACUCUCUCCUCUUCUUUUCAUCACAGUCAUAGACGCAGGGAUGGAAGUUCUCAAACGACAGCCUCCAUGGGCUCUCCUGUAUGUAGACGAUGUGGUGUUUAUGGCAGAAAAGAGAAAAGUACAAGAAGAGGUAUAG